CUUGUCGUCAUAAAUCGAAAUUGGGGAAAAUAAACAGAAGAUUAUUAGCACUGUGUUUUGACUGAUCGCUAGUUUAGCAUUCCCGGCCGCCACAGACGGAAGCUCCGGGUAAUAUUCUUCAAUAUGUAUAUGUUUAAAGCUGCGGUUAAAUACUUUUCAACAAAACCAAAGCCAAAAAUGAAACCAAUAGAGCUGAAAUCGCCACCAGAGCAGACGCAGACAAUAACAAGAGCAAUCUUCGACAUCGUCAAAGAACACGGCCCACUUACUGUUUCCGACACUUGGGAAAAACUCCAGCAAGUUGGCCUGAGAGAAUUGAACGGAAAAAACCAUAUGAAAAUAGUAUUGAGAUGGAUGAGACAAAGACAGAAGCUGAGACUUAUAUGCAAUCACAUAGGGCCUCACAAGCAAUUUCUUUACACAACUUGGUUCACAAAACCCACCUUCAAGAAUGCUAAAGCCAAGAAUUAUCCUUCAUCGCCAAAGUUCCCUUGAGAUUGUAGAAUUUCUACUGCCCUGAGGAGCUUGUACAGCAUAGGAAGAAUGAUCUUUUACGGGCAGUCUGUUAGAAUUAUGGAAGCACUUAUGCGGAACAAGAGCGAGCUGCUUCACGGGACUUUUUUAUUAUGCCAAUGGAGCAGGUACAGUUUGCUUGGUUAUCUGCCUGUCGUCCAGUUUUGUUCAAACUUGAAAAUAAUGGAAUCUGUCUAGCUCUCGGAGGUGAAGAGUCCUCGCUUUCUUUUCUUAGGAAGGUGAGUUCCAACGUUGUUAAAAUAUGUACAUAACUGAAUAUAUGUUUGUCUUGUCUUGUCUGCACCGGUUGAUCAUAUGUAGAUGAGUUCCACAUAAGCCAGUGCACCAUAAGGUUAGAAUUUAGACAAAAUUAAAAUCAAUGCAAUAAUUUAUUUGCUAA